AUGAAUAGAAAAUUUUUGUAUGCUGCUGCUUUGUUGGCAUUUUUAUUACUCCUACAACAGCCUACAGAAUCAAAGAAGGUGAUCGUUCAUGUACCUUACCGAGUGAAGAAUUUGAAACACACCCACACCAUAUAUGUAGUUAUACCACACUAUGAUGAGAAGGAGGAGGACUCUAAAGAAGAUGAAAAAUUAGAAGAUUAAUAAUAAUAUUGUGCCUGAUUAGUAUAAUGUAUAGUAGAAAUGUAAA